AUGAACCCAUUGUACAACGUGGUAACGUCGCUUCGGAAACUGAAUGCUGAGAUCGUUGGACUUGUUGAUGUGAUUAACAACUUGUGCGGGCAAAUAAAGGAAGUUCAGUCGGUAAAAGAAUCUAGCCUAUCUACAAAAACCUUGGGACUAUUGUAUUUGAGUACAUCUGAAGAAAUGUUGAAACUAAAUGUAAGUUUAAUAAUAAAUACUUCAUGUGAGCUCAUGGUAAUAUAAAGUUCUUUUAUUAUUCAUAGUAAACAUAGCUGUGAUUGAUAGAAAGCUUUUGUCAUUAUUAACUAAACACGUUAUGAUCAUUUUAGGAAAGCUUGGAAAAACUAGCCGGUUUCAUUCAUCUUAUCACCCAAACAUUGAUGGAAUCAGAUCAAGUCCCAUCGGAAACGUAUCUCGACGACUUGGUUGUUCUACUACGGCAUUUGACUAGAGUUCACAAAGAACAUACGAAUGUAAUAGAGGAUUUAAACCAAGGACCAAUCAGAAAAACUGAACCAUUUCGGACAAAUUUGAGCUUAAUUGAUGGAGAUUUUCAUUUAGUUUCUUCGUUACAACGCCUCAGGGCGGAUCUGUUGUUGGCUCAAGAGGAGAUAGAUUGA